GUAUUGGAGUAUUCAGCCGGAAGGGGCAUGCUACAGAUCUUUGUUGCAGUGAUGACCAGAGCUUACCCUGAAGAAUAUGGGGAAAGGAAUGACCUCAUCCUUCUCCGGGACAUAGCUAGCUACUUUCUUCUUGCGUGUGGUGCAAUUUACAUUAUAUCAGGACUGUUGUGCUUUGGAUUUAUCAAACGUGCUCGUCUGGCAAAAGAAAACUCCAGGGAGCAAGCAAUUAACGAUCUGCAGGAAUUGGAGCGUCGCAGAGAAGAGCUUGAAGCUUUGCUGGUACAGGAGAGGGCUUGAGAAAUAGAACUGUGUUUGUGACUACGGCAAACAACUGGCGAAAUUGAGGAGAAAGCUUGGAAAGGAGAGCUCAGAUGAACAUUGAUGUUGGUGUGUUUAACAUGCAUUGCAACCUAUUUUAGAUUGAAUUCUAUGUAUUACAAAAUUUUUACAGUUACAUAUACCUCUUUCCUAAACCGGUUAUUUUCCUGUUGAGCUGACCUUCUUAGAUGGUAUUGGUAUGUAAUGCAAGUGCAACCAGUUUACAAUAAGUAAAAUGGUGGAAAUGCUUCAGGUUUCUA